UUUUUUUUUGUUUCAUUUAAUUUAUUGUUAUUAUUAUAUAUAGUUCAUAUAUAUUUUGUUAUUUUUGUUUUAUUUUGGUUACCUUUUGUGUGUUUGUUAAUAUAAUUUCAAAACUUUAAAUUAUACAAAACAUUUUUUGUCCCAAACAGAGCUCAGACUUGUCAAGUGUGCAAUGAAAAGUCAAUAUUAUUGAAGAUCUCAAUAUGAACAUUUCUCAUCAGAUUUCAUCAAUUCCAGAUUUGAUUAUCUCUACAGUACAUUCACUCUACACCUCCAUGCUCUUCAUUUGUUUAAACAAAUGUUUCCGUUUAUUGUCUGCAAUGUCAAUUAUGAACUUUUUGUUUCUGUUUUAAGCCAUUUUGAGAGCAACAUCGGAGACUACGUUGAUACUUAAAUGAAAGACAAUAGAGAACUCCAUCAGAUAAGAAAAAUGACUUUGAGCAUUGAAAAAUCCUCUUUUUGUUUUUAUAUUUUUUAAUACGACACAAUGGCAUUUACCAUUCAAGUUUAACUUAAGAAGUUGAAAAAUACUAAGCAUAAGACCUGUUAUCCUAAACGUUCAAAGACGGUGUGUCAACCAUACAUUCAGAAUGUAUCAAACUUCAGAAUGAACGGACAAUUAAAAAAGCAGGAUCCUAAACAAUUGACUUCAAAACAAACAGUCGAUGUUCUGUUUAAACGUGCAGCUGCAGUCUGUACAUCAGAAAAUAAUCACUUCAGCUAUGUGUGGAAUGAUUCAAAGACAUCCAAGACUUUCUCCCACAUUCUCUCUCUCCCACUCACUCGACCCUUCAUGCCCUACCUCCUUUUUUAUUCUCUCCCAUCUGGUCUUAAUUUUACCAAAAUCCCCCCAUUCUCUCGCCCUUUUCACUCCGUUCAGCUUUACUGAAUACAGAUGUGGGCAGUUUAUAAGAGUUAAACAACCGGAAAUUCCUUCAAUCUUUAGGAGGCCAGAACUGAAGAAAAAGCAAAGCACAGAAUGCAAGCACAUUGUGUGAAUUCAAGUUUUACAUCUUCUGGGUUGCUGAGGGUUCUGGGGGAUUGUUAUGUGGUCCCAAAUCCUCAAAUCUCUGAUAUUCUGCUCCCUAGACAUGACCCGCGUCCCUCUUUCAACGGUCAGCUCAUCUCUCGCUCCAUUGAUAGCCAACACACCGAGUAAAAGAGAGAGAGGACGGGUGUUGUACUCUGUUCUGACUGUUUUCCUUCCAGGAAACACAUCCUGUAGCUGUGGAGUAACAUGUUUGUCAGAGAGAGAGAAAAAGACAGAGAGAGUUUCUUCUCAUGUACUCCCUGCCGUCCCAUCACAGUUCUUCUGGGCUUUUCAUGGAGAGGUACAAAUGUUCACACUAGUUAGGACGAGUCAAGUAAUCCGAGAUAGCACUUCAAAUUGAGCCAGUGAUCGAGAGAGAGAGAGAGAGAGAGAGAGAGAGAGAGAAGAAAAAAGAAGAAGCAGAGAACACAUCACGCAGAUCCUUCAGCAUUCUUCAGCGUUCCCAGCAGGGAGAAGAGGAGAAAAAAGUAGGCGCGGAUGUGCUGGACUUCAAAAAAAAAAAAAAAAAGGGAUAAACUCAGAAGAGCGACCAUUCGAUAGAUAUUGUGUGUGUUUAUGUGAUGGCCUUGGAGGUCUACGGUCCAGUCUUACGAGCAGCUGUGGCCCCGGAUUCAGAGGAGGAGGGCUAAAGACACCCGUCGCCCCGAAACCCCAUCAAAGCACGAGAAUGAGCGGUGAUGUCCUCUAGCUAACUUCUCACGGUGCGAGUGUGCGUUUCGGGCGAGGGGGAGACGGGCGCAGCGAGUUAAGGGGGGCGUAUGGCCGUGCGCAGGUUGGUGGUGGUGGCUGCAGCGGUGGCGCUGCUUUCUCUGGUUCUCAAUAACGUGGCUACGUUCAGCUCCAGCUGGGUGCUUCAAGUUCUGAAGGAUGGACACAGACGGAGCGUCGGACUCUGGAGAAUGUGUCCGCAGGAUGAUACGCAUGCUCACGGGCUGGUGGCCUGCAAGUGGCUGAAAUGGGGAUCAGACACGGCGGGGUACCAGGAGUCCCACAGCACUGUCAAACUUCAGUUUGACAUGAUGCGGGCGUGUAACCUGAUGGCCACGGUGGCUCUGACAGUGGGUCAGCUGAUCUUCCUGUUUGGGUUACUGGAGAUAAGCCACAUUACCCAGGAUUCUCAGUGGUGGGAGGAGGCCAUCGCUGCCCUGUUCCAGUUAGCCAGUUUCGUGCUGGUAAUAGGUCUUGUGACGUUCUACAGGAUUGGUCCCUACACUCACCUCUCAUACUCCUGCUAUAUAAAUAUCGCUGCAUGCUUGUUCGCCACGCUAGCGGCUGCCAUGCUAAUUUGGAAUAUUCUGCAUCGCCGUGACGACUGUCUGUCACCGCCCAUCAUUGUCAUCAGCCGAUCCUUGACCACACCCUUCAGGCCACGACUAGACAAUGACUAUGUAGAGUCGCCUUGCUGACAUGCGCUUGAGACAUAUGGAGACAUACGGGCAAAAUCACGAGAAUUCUUAAUUUUUAUGUGAACCUCCUGGAACUUAACACUUUAGGACAAGAGCAGUGAUGGUAACUGGGAAAUGUAACGGAUAAUGUUUUUGGACCGAAUGGAAUACUUCUGAAACUCUUGAAGUGGGAUGACAGAGAUCAAGCUGGAUCUUGACAGUUUAUAUUCAUAAAAAGGAAAAGCACAUCUGUAUGCACAUGUAUCGAUUAUAGUUCUACAAAAUGGAAAAGCAAAACAGAUUUCAAAAGGUGUCUACACGUGGCAUGGAAUGUCGAGUCACAGAUUUCUUACUGAAUUGAAUAAAAUCCUUCAGAAUCGAAAAGUUUCCACAAUAAAAUUCGGGGGAAAUCUCCGAAAAAGAUUGAAGGUGCCUUUACACAACAACAAAAAACUAAAAACAGAACAUUUUUCUUUUUUAAAGCUUUUGCAUACAAGACAACAUUGUCAAAAUGAUCCCAGUUUACUAGAUGAAAAAGAAUAAAAAGGCUGUAUUUUGGAUGCCAGGCUAGUAGUUGGCAAUGUCACUUUGUAAAGAAACACUACCAGGCUGCACACAUACGCUUUUUUAUUAUACAUUAAAUAUAACAAUAAAUGAUUAAAAAUAUAAGCACGUAUGUAUUCUUCUACACAGCAGCAAACUACUGCAUUAAAUCACCAUUUUCACAAAUGAAAUUUUAGACAGAGAUGAAAACAUUGCGUAAAUGAAUGGCAAAACACAAAGAUAGUUCUGUGUUUAGCUUUAAAAACUGUUGUUGUGUAAACGUCCUUUAAAUGGGAUAAAACACCUUAACCUUCCCUACAAAACAAACAAAGAAAGAAAAAACUCUUAAAAAAUGACAUGAAAGUGAAGCCUUUAGGGAUUUUUGCAUCGUGGCAUUCAUGACUAUAAAGCGAAUUUUUAACUAUUUCAAACUAUUUUUGUAAUUCAUAUUCUCAUUCAUUCUCAUUUUAUCGUGUACUAUAAAUAUUAUAAUACAAUAAAACCACGCUUUGCAAAUACUGAAACAAUGUUUCAAAAUCUGCAAACAUAAAAAUAUCACAAUGCAAUAACUGUACAUGUUUCGAGAGGUAAUAUGGUCAUCCAAACAUUUUAGCCCAAAUGUUUAAUUACAGAUAUACAAGAAAAUGGAGAUUUUGUGAAAAGCAUAGAAUUGCAUAGAUUCUGUGCUGGCUUUAACAUCUGGUACCAAAAUCUGUGAUAUUUUUGGGCUGUUUGCUCACCUGAAGUUUUUACAAUUCAACAUUAUAAUCUGUGACCUGUCAACCCUGACCCGUAAUUUAAAACUAUGUUCAAUUUCAGAUCGAUCAUGUCUUCCUGAUGCUUUUUAUCAAUGUUUGAACUAUGUAAGUUAAUUUCUAGACACAGAAUUUGCUAACCUAUGCCUGUGGUACCCAUAUAUAUAAAUUUAUAAUACAGAGCUAUAUUAAGUAUGUUAUUAAAAUCACAUUUCACUCCAAGCAGGGCUGAUAUAAUAAUAAUAUUAAUGUAAUAAAGACAUAAAGCCA